AGUAAUGAUUACGAUUCUUUGAAAAAUUGAAAAUUAGAAAUAACAUAACAAGCAAAUAACCAAACCUGUGCGAGCAAUCUAUUAGCAGUAUUUGUGACACAAUCCUCCAUUACAUUUAAGACCUUCUGAAGCUUAUCUUGGCUACAUUCCCUAAUUCACUGCCAGUACUGAAAAUCUAUAGUUCAUGUAACGUAUACUAUAGCAUUUCAAUGCUGUCAGUGAAUUACAGAACGCAGCCCUUGAGACACUUCGUAGCCAAUGAAAUAAUCCGUGCAACAUUUGAUUAGAUAGUUCAGCAGUGCAAUUCCAAACAACAGACCUCAUGACUUCCCACCGAAAAGAAACGUGCGGUUCAAGGAUCCGAUAUUUAUCAAAGGUUUACAACGGAAUUGACACAAUAUUCGGACUGUACCAGUAGUACUUGGUUGUUGUCUUCCGUCUUCACACAAUUAUCGCCAUAGAAAUUAUCUAAUUUUAUGAAUUACUUGCUGGUAAACUCCUCGAUAAGAUGUAUUACGUCGUAUUUUGGGACGAAUACUGCCAAGUCGUUCCCGAUUCUUGGGUAAACUUUAAUGCAAAAACAUUUACGUUUCCAUUGUCUAAAAAAAAUAUUACCAAUACAAUAAAGAAGAAGAUAAAUCCUGGAAAUGAUUGGAACAUCAGUCAUUUUCAUAAAAUUUUAGGACCUUACAAUACAUUUGAUAAGGCUCGGGAAGCAGAAAAAUCUUGUAUUGAUAUAUCCACUUCGGAUGAUAUUCAAUUUGCUUCUUUAAAUGAACCAAUCCAAACAUUGCCUCUGAAACGUUUGAUAACGAAAAAAAAAUUUUAUGACGAUGAAUCGAAUAAUUACGUGAAUAAUUGUAAUAUUUCCAAGAAAUAUAAAUCAAAUCAACAUCCCCCAUCAAAUUAUAAAAUACACGAAGGGAUUGGAGCUACAUCUACAAAUGUUGAACUUGAGAAAAAUUCAUUACAUUUUAGAUCAGUGAGUUCGGAAUAUAACGUGCAGAAGCGGGAGGAAGAUAAAAUUUUAUCCGUCAAAAAUAAUCCAUCUAAUUGCAAUGUCCCUUCACCUUUAAAUGAACACCAAUUUUCAAUUCAAGUUUUUCAUGAGGAUGAGCAAGAUGAUAAGAGAUGA